AGGAACACUUUCUUGUUUGUUUUUCUUGUAGGGGUAGGUUGUCUCGGGGGUCAAACGCCGGCCUCGCGGGGGGGGGGGGCAAAAUGUCCCAUGCCCCCCACUGGAUAAAACACUGUCGACAAUAGUAUGAGUAUACCUUCCUUGAAUAGUCUAAAUAAAUCUAAUCUGAUCCCGAUCUAGAAAAAAGCAUUUCAGAAUAUAUUCGUUUCACAUCUGAAACAAUUCUUCACUAUUCGUUCUUUUUUUUGUGAAAUAUGAUUCAAAAAGAGUAUUGAAGUAGAAAAGUGAUUAUAAGGUAUUGAUCUAUGAGCGGAAUAUAUGCAGACUUGUAGAAAAAGACUUUCUCUAAUAAUCUACACACUGCUCAUACUGGUGUCAAAAAUCAUCGUGAAGCUUAUAGUCUCUAUUGAAUCUUCCCUUUUUUUUUCACAGAUCGUGACAGGCACCUUGACAAUUCUUUUCUUGAGAGUGCGAAUAGUAGUCUUUCCUUUUUUGAAUCAUCUCUCUGAAAUUGUUUUUUGAUAGAUAAGAUAAUUCGCUGAAAACGACAGAAUAUUUAACUAUAAUGUCGAGUUUCUGUUGAAACAAUUUCUCUUUUCGAUGGUCCUUGCAAAUAUUCAAAUCUCGAUCCCAUACAUCUUUACUUUACACACAAUCUCUAAUAAAUUAUGGCUCUAAAUAUCGAUAGAAAACAUAUAAAUAUUAAAAUUUUCUUUUCUAGGUACAUAUCCAUAUGUAACAUCAUCGAAUUGUAGUAUCGGUGGUGUUUGUACAGGUCUUGGUCUUGCACCAAAAUAUAUUGGUGAUAUAUAUGGUGUUGUAAAAGCUUAUACAACACGUGUUGGUGAUGGUGUUUUUCCAACAGAACUUAAAAAUGAAAUUGGUGAACAUUUACAAACACGUGGUCGUGAAUGGGGUGUAACAACAGGUCGAAAACGUCGUUGUGGUUGGCUUGAUCUUGUUUUACUUCGAUAUACAACAAUGAUAAAUGGUUUUACAGCUUUAUGUUUAACAAAACUUGAUACACUUGAUGAAUUAGGUGAAAUUAAAGUAGCCACAACAUAUAAACGAAAUGGAGUUGAAUUACCAAGUUUUCCGGCUUCUGUUGAUACAAUGCAUGAUAUUGAAGUUGAAUAUGUAACAUUUCCUGGUUGGCGUGGACGUUCAACAUCGGACUGUCGAACAUUUAAUUCACUUCCACAUAAUGCACGUCUUUAUAUUCAAUUUAUUGAACAAUAUCUUGGUGUACCUGUGAAAUGGAUUGGUGUCGCUGAAAUUGAUUCUGUUCGUCAGCGCCAAGCAUCACAUAAAUCAAAUCUACCAUCAGAUUCCAUUUCAACCAUUGCAUAUACUGAUGAAAUAGCUCUUAAACGACAUCUUAAUUUAUGGUCCGGAAUCUGUUUUAUUGUUGGUAUUAUUAUUGGUUCUGGUAUAUUUGUUUCACCUAAAAGUGUUUUGAAAUAUACUGAGUCAGUUGGUUUAUGUUUAACAAUUUGGGUAGUAAGUGGAAUUGUUGCUCUACUAGGUGCACUUUGUUUCGCAGAAAUUGGUACAAUAAUACCGAGAAGUGGAGCAGAACUUGCUUAUAUGAAAGAAGGUAUUGGUUCUGUUCAUGAGCGAACUGGUGACAUAUUAGCAUAUCUAUUCAAUUGGACAAAUACACUUAUUCUCAAACCAGCAAGUGCAGCUGUUCUUACAAUGUCUUUUGCUGAAUACUUUUUAUCUGGUAUUAUGGAUGAGUGUGGUCCACCAGAAGAACUUAUUAAAAUUACAUCUGUCUUUACACUUCUCGUACUUAUGAAUAUUAAUUGUAUUAGUGUAUCUGCAGCUAAUCGAUUGAAUAUUAUCUUUGUGAUUUGUAAAGUAGUCACUGUUAUGACAGUUAUUAUAGUUGGUAUUGUAAGAAUUGCACAAGGACAUACACAAUAUUUACAAAAUGGUUUUGAUGGUACAACAAGAAAACCAUUAAGUGUAGCACUUGCUUUUUAUGCUGGUUUAUGGGCAUAUGAUGGAUGGAAUUCUUUAAAUUCUGUGACUGAAGAAUUGAAAAAUCCACAAAGAAAUCUAUGGUUAUCUAUUGUAUUAGCAUUACCAUCUGUUAUUGUUCUUUAUUUUCUUACAAACAUUUCUUAUUUUACUGUAAUGAAUAAAGCAGUAUUGCUUAGUUCAAAUGCUGUUGCUGUAACAUGGGGUGAACUUGUAUUAGGUCGAAUUGCAGCACAUGCUUUACCUAUUCUCAUAGGAAUAAGUGCAUUGGGAAGUGCCAAUGGAUCAUUAUUUUCAAGUGCACGUUAUUGUAUGGUUGGUGCUCAAUAUGGAUAUUUACCGCAGAUUUUUUCGUAUAUUCAAAAAGAUAGAUUAACACCAUUGCCUAGUAUUGUUCUUCAAGUUAGUUUAGUUCAUUAUAUAUAUACAGUGGCUCCAAAAAUUAUUCAUACAGGUGUAAUUUCGAUUUUUUUUCCCUAAUGGUAACUCCUAUGAAGAAUCCAAAUAGUGAUUGGAUAGAGAAAAUUGUUUCCAACAAAGGUCCCAGAAAGAUGAAAUUCUCAUCUUAUUCCCCAAAACUAGGAUCUCUGGAAAACCGAAAACCUAUUUUUUCAGCACCCAGACCCCGAAAAUAAAAGUUUGUUUUGAUUACACAGGAUGAUAGAGCAACGAAUUCUCUACAAAAUGAGAUGUCUCCGAGCUCUCCAUGACCAUUUUUUACUGAACUGCAUCAGUUUUAAGGAACACCCUAAAGUGCUUUUUGUCCGAUUUUCCCAUAGGAAAUGGUGAAAAUACCAUUUUUGAGUGUUUCUUAAAACCGAUGCAGUUCAGUAAAAAAUUGUCAUGGAGAGCUCGGAGACAUCUCAUUUUGUAGAGAAUUCGUUGCUCUGUCACCCUGUGUAAUUAAAAUGAACUUUUAUUUUCGGG